AGAGAAAGAGCGAGCGGGAGGAAGAAGGAAAGAAAAGGGCGCGAGAGCGAAAAACGGCGAAGAAAAGCGGCGAAUUCUCGCUGUCUACGUGAAACAGUUCGCUGGCAGAGGGAGCAGCCACGCUCCGCGAAGUUGCCUGGAUACGGGCAACACCGUGUUGCGCUCCGCUGAAGUAGGAGGCAGGGAAGGAGGCGGAGGUGGUGGUGCUGCUCCGCGGAAGGAUGGAACGUGCGGUGAACUGUAGUGAGACGAGGAAGACGAUCGCCGGCCAGGCCGCGAACGCAGGUUUCCCCGCGAGAAUGCUCGAAAUGCUGGGAAGCAUCGUCGCGCGAACGUAGCGCGUCACCGCGAGCAAUAACACGCCGGCGUUCAGCGAUCGAGAGCUCGCGGAUACGCACAACCGAGGAGCGCGGGAGAACGUUGGUUAUGACGGCGAAGUCGGGAGGUGCGUUAGCAAAGGCAUCGAGUAUCGAUUAGCGGACGAUUCGCGCGGAAUUGAACUCGACUCGUGACACCUGCACGAUGAUAAUCAGUGGCGCAGCGAGCGACAAAGCGCUUCCGGGCGGCGAUACUCGCGGCGGUGACCGCUGCAUGUAGAGGUGAACACGAAAUAGCAGUGCAGUGCGUCGCCACACGAGACGGGGGGGGGAGGGCCCCACCUCGGUGCCCACACCGGGUAGAAGGAACAUCGGCAAGUCGGUGUCGAGCCUCCGAGCAGCCUGCGAAAAUUCGUCUGCCAUGGCGUACCAGGAGGGAAGUCUAUCGCAGUUGCGAAUAAAGUUUUGUACCACGGUCGCCGCCGGUCUCCAAUUAGUCCUCUUGCUCACCGUCCUACCUCAAGAGAGCCUUUGCGGGCGCCACGAGAAACGCUUAUUGAAUCACCUGCUGUUAAAUUACAACACCUUGGAGCGACCGGUCGCGAACGAGAGCGAGCCGCUGGAGGUGAAGUUCGGCAUCACUCUGCAGCAAAUCAUCGACGUGGAUGAAAAGAACCAAAUACUCACGACCAACGCGUGGCUGAAACUGGAGUGGACGGACUACAACCUCCAGUGGAACGAGUCCGAGUACGGCGGUGUGAAGGACCUUCGAAUUACGCCGAACAAGCUUUGGAAACCGGAUAUCCUCAUGUAUAACAGUGCGGAUGAGGGUUUCGACGGGACGUACCAAACAAACGUGGUGGUCACGCAUAACGGCAGUUGCCUGUACGUCCCUCCGGGCAUCUUCAAGAGCACAUGCAAGAUAGACAUCACUUGGUUCCCCUUUGACGACCAACACUGUGACAUGAAGUUCGGAUCCUGGACCUACGACGGCAACCAGCUCGAUCUGGUACUCAACUCAGAGGAGGGUGGUGACUUAUCCGAUUUCAUCAUGAACGGGGAAUGGUACCUCAUCGGUAUGCCGGGGAAGAAGAACACGAUAACGUAUCAGUGCUGCCCGGAGCCGUACGUCGACGUCACCUUCACGAUACAGAUACGCAGGAGGACCCUCUACUACUUUUUCAACCUGAUCGUGCCCUGCGUGCUGAUAUCGAGCAUGGCCCUAUUGGGCUUCACCCUGCCGCCCGAUUCCGGCGAGAAGCUCACCCUAGGAGUGACCAUUCUGCUGUCGCUGACAGUUUUCCUGAACCUCGUGGCAGAAAGCAUGCCGACGACCUCGGACGCUGUCCCUUUAAUAGGAGUGACCAUCUUGCUAUCGCUGACGGUGUUCCUGAACCUCGUCGCCGAGACCCUGCCCCAGGUCUCCGACGCAAUACCCCUGUUAGGAUCAUACUUCAAUUGCAUCAUGUUCAUGGUGGCGAGCAGCGUCGUGUUGACCGUUCUAGUGCUCAACUAUCAUCACAGAUCGCCCGACAGAUACGUGAUGCCAAAUUGGGUCAAAGUCGUGUUCCUGCAAUGGCUGCCAUGCUUGUUGCGCAUGAGUCGGCCGGGCAAGAAGAUCACGAAGAAGACCAUUCUCAUGAGUAAUCGGAUGAAGGAGCUGGAGCUGCAGGAGAGGAGCAGUAAGAGUUUACUGGCGAACGUUUUAGACAUCGACGAUGAUUUUCGCCAUGGGAACAGCGCCGCCAAUCCCGCCUCGGGCUAUAACAUAAGCAGGUCGGCGUACGGUACACCGUUGUCGACCAGACCGGCGACGGUCGAAGAGACUUCGGCGUCGUUACCUCUCAGCGGCAUGCAGAAGGAACUUCACACGAUUCUCAAGGAAUUGCAGUUCAUCACGAGCCGCAUGAAAAAGGCGGACGAGGACGACGAGGUCAUUAGCGACUGGAAAUUCGCCGCCAUGGUGGUCGACAGGGUUUGCCUGUUCGUCUUCACGAUAUUCACGGUUUUGGCUACGGUGGUGAUACUACUUCGUGCGCCACACAUAAUCGUCCAGUAAUAGACUGCCCCGGUCGAGACACCGAAAAAUUGCACAAAAGAUGCUAGGAAUAGCGCCUCCUGGAAUUCGGAACGACGUCCGACGCGAUUCGAGGAGGCGGCUACGGAGCGCGUCCAAGUGACGGGAAAGCGCGAAAAGACAGACGGACUCGUUUAGCCCUCUUUCGCGUGCGCCCUUUCGCGUGCGACCAGCGCCCCGGGAGACGGGGGCGGGGGCGCGUUCUCGAGUUCUCGGAUUACUCGCCGGGAAGCGCCGCCGGGUCGCGCGGCCCCGGCUUCUUUCGCGACGUGCUGCUUUUCAGUUAGGCAAUUAAGACACUGGGCGAGGAAGAGAGCGAGAUGACAUUCACGAAUGGGAGGACCGACGGGGAGGAUGAACUUCCGGCGGCGGCGGCGGCGGCGGCGGCGGC